GCUGAUUUCCAGCAAAUUGUCACCUUUGUCUUUCAGAUUGAAAUUAAUGCAGUGCAAGAGCUAUCUGUGAAGUAUAUCAGAGCGGCCUUCACCUUUUCCCAUUCCAGCCUUUUCCUAUGAUGUUGAAUUGAAGUUACGCAAAGGCAAUGAGGCAUAUGAAAAGACCAAGAAAGAUCAGGGAAGAGUUUCUUCGGAUCACCAACAAGGACCUAAUAGACAACUUCAGAGCAGCCAUUAAUCAGCACACUCCAAGGCUCCUUAAACUCUAUCGGGCUAGGCGGACAGCUUUACCGCCUGAGAUGGAUCAACUCCUUAACAGACUGGAUAAAGAGACAUCUCACAUCACAGCACAUCGACAGACUACAGCCUUGAAGGGCCUCCCGUUGUGUCUCUGUGACAGUCAUGAGAAGCUGUUCAGGAACUGUCUGGCCACUGACCCAGAAGAGGAGCAGACGAAGGGCCUCAUCGUGGGUAUCCUCACUGUGUUGGAGGAUGAUGACAGUUCAGCUCCUGCAACAGUCAUUAAUGUUGCUGUUGUUGUAGAAGAAAACGACAUCGUCCUCCAGGAUCUCCAUGACGUGCCAGCGGCUUUUGCUUACCUCUUUGGGCUGAUCUACACUUUAAACCUCCAGUACCCAAAAGAACUGAGCCCUUGGACUCUUCAGGAACCUAUGCCAGGGAUUCUGUUUGGGGACUUUAGCUCUGCCUUUAACAUCAUCAUUAUCAUCAUCAUCAUCAUCUUCAUCAUCAUCCUGGCUCUGCUGUGGGACACCUCUCCCAGCUGA